AUGGCCAAUGAGGGCAUAGUGUCUGACCUUGCAUUUGCUGCUCUCCUGCCCACCCCCCUCCUCCCCGUAUGGUGCGAACGUGCGCUUCUGCGUGCGUGCUCUUUUCGGGCGGUUUUUUUUAGCCCAUACUGCGCACGAAGUCAGAAAUCAACUGAAUCAUUUGCUUGUUGGACCAAAUCGCACUGCAGCCCCCACCGUAAUACGCUUCCUCUUUCUGCGUCUGACCUCUCUCUCUCUCUCUGUCCCUUAGACACCAUAAAUCAUUCCGCAUCAUCUCCGUCUAUCACUACUCAGUGGAAUAUUACAACGCAUUCGCGGAUGGUCUCAACUGGAUUCAACUUCUCUCAGCAUUCUCGUAUUAUCCACCUGGUAACAAUGACUGAUCAUGUAGUCUAUCAUGAUAAUGCCUUCCAUGUUUUCAAUCAUCAUAAAUGGAGUAUUCUUAGUUCAAAUUUACAAGGCCUUUUCCGAAUUCCCAUACUCAAGCAGUACGUUAAGAGUCUGAAUUUCCUCAUUUCAUCCAUAUUUUGCAAGUUCCAUUAUGUGUCUAGUUGGAUUUAUUGA